AUGGCGGCCGACAAAGGAUAUAUGCUUACGGGGGUGUAUUUGCUUUUAAUGCUAUUUUUCAGACUGAGCUUUUGUCGGAUACACCACCUUGUGCUUAAGGACGACAUCCGUCAGAAGGUCCAUUUGAACACAUUUGGUUUUUACAAGAAUGGUUACAUGAGUGUGAACUUGAGUAGUCUCAGCCUUACUGGGGUUUCCAUUGAAGACAUUGACGGUACAACGAUUGGGUUCAGUUUGGACAGGACCAGUAGCAACGGCUUCUCUACAUAUCUGGAUGACGAUCUUGAAUACUGUGUGUUGAAGAAACAGCCCAGCAGUGAGUUUGCUGUGGUUCUUCUGCCUCUGGACUUCAAAAAGAAUCUGGUGAGAAUGAGGGUUUCGGCUGAGGGGGGCAGGUUCCCUGAUAUUAUCCCCGUGAUUCCGAGUGGACAAUCAACCAAUAAGAGUGAGAACGUCCUGGAGCCAUCACAGGAGGACAAAGAGGGUGAGAAAACCCAGAGCACACGCUCACGCGACUCCUCUAACAAAGCUGAAGUGACCUACGCACUGCAGCAUAGAGACAAUCUGUACUCUUUCCAGUUUUACUUCAAUAUCACAACAGAGGAGCAGCAGGGCCUCUAUAACUUCUACUUCCACAACUGCUACAAGAAACAAGGAGUGGAGACAGGCACGCUUCGCUUUAACAUCGACAUCAGUAUAUGGGAGAAAAACCCGGAGAGUUACCUGUCAGCGGGAGAGAUCCCUUUACCCAAACUCUACAUCUGUAUGUCCCUCCUCUUCUUCCUCAUCGGGACGCUCUGGGUGCAUGUCCUCCGCACACGCAGUGCUGAUGUUUAUAAAAUCCACUGGCUGAUGGCAGCGCUCCCCUUCACUAAGUCCUUGUCUCUGAUUUUCCAUGCGAUUGACUACUACUACAUCUCCAAUCAGGGUUACCCCAUAGAGGGAUGGGCAGUGGUCUAUUACAUCACACACCUGCUGAAGGGGGCGCUGUUGUUCAUCACUAUAGCGUUGAUAGGCACAGGCUGGGCGUUUGUCAAACACAUUCUCUCUGACAAAGACAAGAAAAUCUUCAUGAUCGUCAUUCCCCUGCAGGUACUGGCGAACGUGGCUUACAUCAUCAUCGAGUCGACGGAGGAAGGCUCGUCGGAGUACGGGCUUUGGAUGGAGAUCCUCUUCCUGGUGGACCUGCUCUGCUGCGGAGCUAUUCUCUUCCCUGUGGUCUGGUCCAUCCGGCACUUACAGGAAGCAUCAGCCACCGACGGCAAAGCUGCCAUCAAUCUGGCCCAGCUGAAGCUUUUCAGGCACUACUAUGUCAUGAUUGUCUGCUAUAUCUACUUCACCCGCAUCAUUGCCAUCCUUAUCAAGGUCAUCGUUCCCUUCCAGUGGAAGUGGCUUUAUCAGCUGUUAGACGAGCUGGCCACCCUGACCUUCUUCUUCCUGACGGGGCAUAAGUUCCGACCGGCUUCAUACAACCCAUACCUGCUCCUGUCUGCAGAGGACGAAGAGGAUAUGGAAAUGGAUGAUGUCGUGACCACGUCCACGGCCAUAGGGGAGGGUCUGAAGAAGGUGAAGAAGGUGUCCAAUGGGCCGUCAGAGGAAAGAGAAAGCAUGGCAUGAUGGGUGUGGCCAGGCAGGGGAGAGCGGACGGUCUCUGGACUUUGUGGCCGAUGGUGUGGCGGACGCGUUUGAACUGGAGCUGCAGGGCUGGAUCCACUAAAGCUGUGGGUGAUUUCCCAGAAUUCCCUCUGGACCUUCCCUCACCAUUGUACGUUUCAACCCAGGAUGAGCCGAGAGCGUGUGUAUAAAUCUGUAAAUGUUACAGUAGGAUUAUGAAGGGCGUAAAUUUUCCUUUCCUAACUCAGACAUGUUUUAGAUAUUAUUACAGUGGUUUCACUGGGAGAGCAUAGUGCAGUACACUACCAUUAUUUAACUCUACUUAUUGUGUUGGGUGGGAUUUUGUUUGUUUAUUUGUUUU